AUGAAACAAUUGAAAGAAGGUCUACCUGUUCCCAAAAAACGACAAUUAUCAAGUUAUUUAAUAUCAUUAAGAAAAAAAUAUUAUGGCGCUCCAACUAUUAGCUUAGGUGAACUUGAAGCUUGGUGUCAACAAAAUUCAUUAAUACCUGAUGAUAAUGACAAACCUUGGGUAUUAAAGUAUCAGAUUGAAUAUGAAGAUGAAAUUGAUAAUGACGAUGAUAAUGACAAUGGUGAUCAUAAUGAUGAUGAUAAUAAAAAUAAAUUUCGAUUUUUUGUUACUACUAAAAGACUAUUAUUUAAUGCAAGUAUUUCGAAUAAAAUUCAUGUUGAUACUACUUACAAGUUAAUUUGGCAAGGAUUUCCUUGUUUUAUUAUUGGAACCACUGAUAUGAUUAGACAAUUUCAUCCAUUUGGAUUUGGUGUGUGUUCUAAUGAAAAACAAAAUGAUUUUGAAUUUAUAUUUAAUUGUCUUCGUGGUGGAUUACUUAAUUUAAACUUACAGAUGAAUGAACAAGAAUUAAUACUUAUUGCAGAUGGUGCUGAAGCCGUUAGUGAUGCAUUUUUAAAAGUAUUCGGAACUGAUCAUAAUGUUGUAAUGUGUUGGUUUCAUAUGCGGAAAUAUGUUGAAAAAAAUUUAUAUUUAGUCGAAGAUAAAGCAUUACAUGGUGACAUUAUAAAUGAUAUUGAAACAUUACAAUUGUCAACAAAUAAAAAUGUAUUUGAUAUUGCUACUAAAUUAUUUUUAAAAAAAUGGAAGAAUGAAGAAAAAUUUAUUCAAUAUUUUUCAAAUGAAUGGUUAAAUUCAAAAAAUGGAUGGUUUGAAGGCUUAGCAACGCAUGUUCCAAGCACGAAUAAUGCAUUAGAAGCCACGAAUCCUGUAAUUAAAGAUGAAGAUACAUUGAGGGAACGAUUAGUUUUAUCAAGAUUUACAGUGGUUUUAUUUUCUAUCGUCAAUAAAUGGUCAAAGGAACGAAAUCCCACUCUUAUCAAUUCAAAAAAAUUCGAACAUCAACCAUUAAUUACAUUACCAAUAUGGACUGAUGCAUACAAGUGGGUUAAGCUUAACAAAGCUGUUAUAUCGAUUUGUAAUGGUGACACAGCAAUGUAUUAUUUACCUGCUGGUGAAGAAACUAGGAUAACAGAUAAAGAAAUCAAACGAUAUGAAAAUUGCAGGUUUAAUUCAUUUGACACGUACAAGUCUGUUUACUUCAAUAUAUGGUGCGUAUGUUUAUUUAACAAUCCUGAAAAAUGGAAAAAAGCAACAUGUACCUGCCCAUCAUUUAUGAAAAAAUUUAUUUGCAAGCACACGAUUGGUAUAUCAAUUAGAUUAAAAUAUUGCAAACCUCCACCUGAAGCAAAAAAUGUGACAAUCGGUACGAAAAGAAAAAGAGGCAGACCAUCGAAAGCAAAAAAAGCCUUAUUGAUACAAUGACGAAUUAUAUAUACUUCAUUUUUCUUUUUUGUUUCUUGUAAAUUAUAAAUAAAAAUAAUUCACUUCUAUCUUUUUUUGUUGCUCAAAUAUGAAAUUAAUAUUGUUAUAUAAUAAAUUAUUUAUUGCUCAUUUUAUGUCAAAAUAUUGCUUAUUUAAUACCAUAAUAUUGCUCAUUUUAUAUUAUAAUAUUGCUCAAAUAAACAUUUUUUAUUGCUCAAAAAUUAUUGCUAAAUCAUGUUUUUAUUAUUGCUCAUUCUAUAUUUUUUAUUGCUCAAAUAAAUACAAGCCAUAAAAUAAUCCUUAUAAUUAUGAUAAUAAAAAUGCUCUAGCGCCUCAGAAACAAGCCAGAAACCUGAACUUUUUUUACCGUAAGAAUAACUCACUACGGGCUACAAGAUGCACGAAACCCCGAUUGAAAAGCGCUUCCGCACCUUGGAAGGUUCCCUAGUUAGUUUUGAAAACACGCGUGUAAUUAAAAAAAAUAAGCCUUUCGGUAGGACUUAGCCGAUGAGUAGACAGACAUAGCAUAUUUUUGGAGCUGACUACAUGCGCUCUAUCGAUGGGUAAAAAGAAAUUUUAAAUUUGAACUAAUAAAUAUUUAUGACGAAGGGAAAAUGUUUGUCUAGUGAUUUUUUGAAUGGCUGAGCCUAGUAAAAUGAGCAUGUCGUCCAUAUUGAUGAUCUAGAUUCACUCAAAAUCGAUCUAAGUAUUCGCCUAUCUAAGCUCCAUCAACACCAUAAGGACGAACGUCCCGAAACUCAGUUGUAGGUUUUUCAAGAAAUCAUACUUUGAUAAGUAGUUCCCAUUUUUUCCGGUCGAGAAAAAUUUUCAGAGCAUUUACGAAAUUAAAGCGCAAACUAUAUACAAUGAUGUAUGUCACAAGAUAUUUUCUAACCGAAAAAUUUUCUCAAAAAAUUAUGGACAAGAAUCCCCUAGAUGUUUUUUGGCAGAAAAAUGCUCGAUUUUCUUAAACGUGAUCUUGUUUUAAUGACAUGCAAACAUUUGUCAGCGGAAGAAAGCCAUUUCGAAGAACAAAAAUGACAGGUAUGUCUACAGUGUGAAAAAUGCAUUCAGGAAGGUCCUAAUUUCCACUCCCAUACUUAAACAUUCUUUUUAGACUACGUUUCACAAAAAAAAUUAAAAAUCUACCGUUUUAACAGGAUCAUCCAUAAUAAUUAUAUAAAAAUAUGUCUAGAGGGACCCUUUGUUAAAUAUGUUGUUUUCUUCUUCACUUGUAAAAAAAAGUAAAAUUUUUUCGUUGAGAUCAAUAGUGAUACUCAACAAAGGACCUCUCUAGGCAUGUUUUUAUGGAUAUAAAGCUUGAACAUGUCUCUAUCAUUGAUAAAAAAAAGUGAGCUCGUUUGCUUGAACCAUAAUAGAGAUAUUCAUUUUUUUUCGAUAGGAUGCCUUUUGUUAUUUAUACAAUACAAAAAUACGUAAUAAUUAGAGAUUCACAAGUCAUGAUAUUACAAUGUCUCGCUUCAUCGAAGACAGUGACAAGUACGAUGAGAUUUGACAAUUUUAU